AUGUCUUUGUGGGACUAUAUUCCUCUCCCUCCCUAUAUAGAUGGAGUCCCUAGUUUUCAACUUGACCUCGAGGAAAUAGUGUACCUACAACAGAAGCAUAUUAUUUUGGGUGAUUGUGUCGAAGGAACUUGGAAGAUCAACGCAGCUGCUUUAAGUAUGAGCUUUGAAAAGAAGAUAGUAGAAGCAAGCUUAGGACGGACAAAUGCAGAAUCAACCAAAUUUUUUGAAACCAUAGUCCCCAUUGAUGCUUCCACUCUGCCACCACUUGAAAUUCCCGAAAGCGCUUCGAGCAUUGGAGCGUUGACUCAUAUCGGGUGGACAGCCGUGGCAGCCGAGCAAAUAUUUGAUGGUUGGAAAUGUGCAUCCAAGCCUAGGAAGAAUUGUGAUGACCGUGACCCUAGCCUCAUCGACUACGCAAUUUCACAAGUCUAUGCUAGCAGAGACUCAUCUGAUCCCGGCAUGCUUGAAAAACUUGAUCCAAGAAAAGAAAUGGUCACUCUCGGGCUAUGCACACGAUUCCAGGAUUUAAUUUUAGAUCAAGACAACAACAAUCCCAGUGGGUAUAUCAACACGAAGGAUCUCCAUAUUUGGAUAAUAGACAAGCUGGGCAAGGAAUAUCGAAUGUUGGUAAUUUAUCUAAGAUAUCUGAAGAACUAUGCAGCCACAGGAGUCCAGGCUAAAAGGAGAAUCAUGGAUGAAACUUUACCGGAAGAAUCUUUCAGAUUUCCCUCCACGGAAAAGGAACUGCCGGAGAAUAACUUUUUUGAAGAAGCAUAUGAAAGCAGGAAAGCUGUUAAAGCAUCUAUUGAAGCGGCUGAUCAUUUGCGACAUACCACUUCCGUUCGUGUCAAAAGAAAUGAAAUUAAACCCUAUAAUUACAUCCCUUCUGAUCUCGAAAACUCCAUCGAAAAAGCGUUAUUAAAAGGCGAUCCAAAUCAUGUACAAGGGAAUGAUUUUGCGGAAGAGGGAAAGAGAACCAACGGAGACGAAUAUAUUCAUAUUCCAGGACUCCGCCCAUUUCCAUACAUAAAGAAGAGCUGUCCAACGUCCACCGAAAAGAAAUAUUUUAAAUUAUCAUCAUUUUCCGACAGUAACCAAGCAACACCUUCAUACUCAUAUUUAAAUCAUGAUCCUAAAACCUUCACCGUAUUCAAAAGAGUGAAUCAAAGCCAAAUCUCACAAACCAAACACCAAGGUGUCCUCAUGGCCGGUGCCAUUUCCACCUUCCUGGUGGGAGUCCUCACUGCCAUAGGAACAAAUCUUGGUUCAAAUGAAGGCCUUAAUAGAAGGACUGCCAUCGCGGUCCCUUUAUCCGUGGCUUGUCUUGCAAGUUUUUGGGAAUAUCAGGUGACUAAGAUUGUCCCUGAGCCUUAUUUGGAUGAGGUGUUUCAUAUACCUCAAGCCCAAGCAUAUUGUAGAUGGGAUUAUGGGAUUUGGGAUCCAAAACUCACUACUCCGCCUGGAUUAUACUGGUGGAGUCACUUUUUGAGUAUAGUCUCUGGCUAUACAAUAUGUGAUGUACAUUUUCUUCGAAUAACAAAUGUUAUUGCCCUUACAUUCAUUAUGAUGCUUGCCUGGGAAUGUCGAAACCUCAUUAUUCGAGCCGGAGUUGCAAAUCGCGUAGAUCAAGCCCCUAAGUUGAGAUCUGUGGAUUCAUUACAUACCGCUGUAAACAUCGCCCUAUUUCCCCCUCUCUUUUUCUUCUCUGGAUUGUAUUAUACAGAUGUACUAUCUACUUGUAUAGUUUUAUAUCUGUAUAAACAAUUUCUUGAGCAAGCAGAAAUGAAGAAACUUGAGAAGCCGAGGAGAAAUGGGGUAUGGUUUUAUCUUUGUGGUAUAUUGGCUUUAUGUAUGAGACAGACAAAUAUAUUUUGGGUUGCCAUAUACUUAGGAGGAAUGGAGGCUAUAAGGACGAUGAAGGAGACAUAUCGUCUUAGUGCUCCUUCUUUUAAGGAUCCUCAAGCACCAUCACAGGAGGAGCUAAAAAAAUUCUGUGAUCUUGCGAAAUCGGAGCAUCCACAUGAUCCACCUAUUCAUGCUGCUGCCCUUGAAGGUAAUUGCUUAUUAUUCAGCUUUCGCGGCUGA